GGGUUGUUCGGGGUGGGGUUAUCGAGCGCUCCUUCUCCAGCAGCUGCAGCAGCUAGCUAGCUUCUGCUCCUCUAUCGGGUUUGUUUAUGGUUCUGUUCGAUUCGGUGUCGGUGUCAGUAGGUUCUGGAAAUAUCAGACACUGUUCUAGCUGAAUAUAUGAGGACUGGCAGUUAGAUAGGAGGCUCGGUUCUGUUAACUGUGUAGUAUUAGCCGGGGCAGCUAAUCUAACGGUGUAAUUGAUCGAAGUUCUGCCGAACCGAACCCAGCCUGCUGGAUGGACGAAGCGCUCCGGUGCUGAACGAACCGGACUAAAGGAUGAGCUAACUUGUUAAAAACGAGUCCGAACAGCAGAACGAGUCCCUGCCUUCCCAUGAUCACCAUGGAGCCCAGCCUCCAACCGAACCUGGAGCCCAGCCUCCAGCCGAACCUCCAGGAGGGCUCCUACAAAAUGACGGAGGAGGACGUGAAGAGGCUGAUCCAGUUCCGGGCCUCAAACGAGGUUCUGUUCACUGGGAAGAGGAACUCUGCUAAGAUCGCCUGGAGCACCAUCCUGAAGGGUCUGGGUCUGGAAGGGAAGCUGACGGCCGACCAGAUAGCCAAAAAAUGGGACAACCUGCGGACCAAAUACAAGGACCUGAAGCAGCCCUACCAGGGCCAGGAGCAGCUGGGGGCCGUGGUGGAGUCCUGGCCCUGGUUCCACAUCAUGGAUGAAGCCAUGCAGGGCCGCCUGUUUAACAGCAGCCUGGUUCUGUGUCCGGACAGUCCCGGCAGCGCAGCCCAACACCCCGACUGUCAGCCCUGUCAGAACCAGGAGAACACGGACAUCCUGGAGUUCCUCAUCAAGACGGAGAUGGAUGAGACGGUGGCAGGAGAGCCGGAGGGGGAAGACGAGCCGGUGAACGAGCCCCCGCCCUGCGGAGGCAUCCCCAUGGGAUGGAGGAGGAUUACGGAGUGCACGUACAAAAUGAGCGAGGCAGAGACGGAGCAGAUGAUCAAACUGCGGGCUGCGAACGAAGGCCUGUUCACAGGCAGGAAGCACUCGGCCAAACCAGCCUGGAGAGCCAUCCUGUAUGAGCUGGGCCUGCAGGGGAGACUGACCACAGAACAGCUGGCCAAGAAGUGGGACAACCUGAAGAGGAGGUACAAGGAGCUGAAGUUUCCGCCCCGCGGUGUGGAAACUAACCCGAGUUCCUGGCCCUGGUUCUACCGGAUGAACGACGCCAUAGAGGGCCGACUGGCCAACGCCGCGCCCGUCCUCGCUCCCAUCGUGGAGGACGGAGACGAGGAGUGUGAGCCUCUGCUGCAGACGCCCAGAAAACGGGCCCGGCGGAGCCGCGGGGGGAUGGCAGAGUUCCUGACGGAGUCCGAGAUGGAUCUGUUGGUGGAUAACGAGGAGAAGAACGGGACGUCGGCUGUGGGAGAUCUGCACCGGGGCGGCGAGUUCACCUACAAACUAACGGAGGAAGACACCAGACGGCUGAUUGAGCUGCGAGCUGCUAACGAGGCUCUGUUCACCGGCAAGAGGAACACGGCCAAACCCGCCUGGAGGGGAAUUGUGAGGGCGAUGGGUCUGACUGGGAAGAUAACACCAGACCAGGUGGCCAAGAAGUGGGACAACCUGAAGACCAAAUUCAAGGACCUGAAGUUUCCUCCUCGGGGGAUGGAGGCUCUGUCCAACCCGGCCUCCUGGCCCUGGUUCCAGCUGAUGAGCGACGCUCUGGAGGGACGGCUGGCGGAUAAAGCUCCCAAAGUGACGCCGGUUUGGUCCAGCGAGGAGGAUAACGUCUUCGGGUCGUCCCCACCCCCCGACAGAGACUGUCUGAUGGGGGAGCGGAGCGGCGUGUCGGAGCUGGAGAACAUGGUGGGCGGAGACAGCGGCGAGGCUGACGGCACCAUCACCUACAUCGACGCCAGCGGAGAGGAGUGCACCACGCCCUCAGAGCUGUCCUAUAAAAUGAGUGAUCAGGACACCAGGAGGAUGAUCAAACUACGGGCUUCAAACGAGAUGCUCUUCACCGGGAGAAGGAACGCUGCCAAGGCUGCAUGGAGAGCCAUCCUGAAGGAGCUCGGCCUGCAGGGAAAAGUCUCCACCUACCAGAUGGCCAAGAAGUGGGACAAUCUGAAGCGGAAGUAUAAGGACCUAAAGUACCCGCCUGCUGGGAUGGAGAACCUGGCAGACGGCGCCUCCUCCUGGCCGUGGUUCCAUCUGAUGAACGACGCCAUAGAGGGCCGGCUAGCGGGGAGCGCCCCCCUCCUCGAACCCGUUACUGAGGAUGACGACCUGCACCCUGAGCCCGCCCCCAGACACAGGCCCCGCCUCCCUCCUCCCCAGCAGCCCUCCUCCUCCACGGAUUUUCAGGAGCCAUGCGGGACGCUGGGAGGACUGGAGCAGGAGUGGGAGGUGUUAGAGCGGGAGCGGGGGGCGCUGGAGAGAGAGCGGGAGCUGGUGGAUCAGGACCGGGCUGCGGUGGAGAGGGAGCGGGCGGCGAUGCAGGCAGAUCGGCUGUGGUUGGACCGGGAGCGGACGGCUGUGGAGCAGGAACGGGCCCUGCUGGAGCAGGAGCGGGCGGCACUGGGCCGGGAGAGGGAGGUUCUAGACCAGAGGGCCCUGAUGAUGAACUCGGUGGGACAUUCAGGUCACCUGAGCAGCCUGAUGUAGGCUGGACGACAUCAGGACGUGGACCGUCCUUGAGAGACCAGAUGAAGACCUGCUGAGGUUCUCUGGAUCCAGAGGCUGGGAGCAAAGGCUGGUCCUGGCUCGGGUUCAGAUCCUGGCUCUGCAGAUCCAACCCCGUGCUCCCAUAGAACGUUGCAUCUCUGAAUGUUUGAGUCGAAACGACUCAAAACAAAACAUUUUAUAUUAAAAAAAACAUUGACCUGCUGUAGUCAGAGGAACAACGCCCUCUUCAGGUAAACUCUGGAACUGAGUCUGUAACAUCUGGAGCAGCUGCUGGAGUCCAUCACUGGUUUAAGUGAAGUUAGUGUUCACAGAUUGUUUUUAUUUUUAUAAUCAAAGACAUUCUUCUGAUAAUUUAUCAUUUUAGUAGAAAAAAAAGAAGAAGAAGAAGUGCUUUACCAGAACCAGCUCCUUGUGCUGCUGGAACAGACUUUUGGAAACCUUUGAAUGAUUUAUACUCUGUUAUGCUUUUCUGUCCUGGUGUCUGUCUGUCUGCUUCAGUGCAGGAUUAAAACCCUGAACCAUGAACUAAA